AUGGUACUUGAAAAUUUUUUCUUUAGCAAUAUCUAUCAUAAUUUCAUAAUAUCUAUCUAUCUAUCUAUCUAUCUAUCUAUCUAUCUAUCUAUCUAUCUCAGUCUGUUCGGAUCUAUCUAUUUAUCUAUCUCAGUCUGUUCGUAUCUAUCUAUCUAUCUCAGUCUGUUCGUAUCUAUCUAUCUAUCUAUCUAUCUAUCUAUCUAUCUAUCUCAGUCUGUUUCUAUCUAUCUAUCUAUCUAUCUAUCUAUCUAUCUAUCUAUCGAUAUCAGUCUAUUCAAAUCGACAUGCCAAUAUCAGCCAGUUCCUAUCAAUCUCUCUCUCUCUCUCUUCGUCUCUCUCUCUCUGUCUGUCUCUUUCUCUCUCUCAUUUGGUUCAUAUGUGCCUAAGUCUAUUCACAACUCUAUGCCCAUAUCAAUCUCUCUAAUUCUCUCUCUGUCUCCGUAUCUCUCUUUCUCCUAG